AUGAAUGACAAGUUAAUGUUUGUUUUGUGCGCGACUUGUGGAGACGGUCAGAUUCAAAGUGAUUGCGACCACGAAUGUGGUGACAGAGCACUAAUUGGGACAUGGACCAUGGACGAGAUUCGAAAAGCUGUAGAAAAGGGUUAUGUUGUACUCGACAUGUAUGAACUGUGGGAGUAUAAGGUAGCCACCUAUGAAAACGGUGGGUUGUUUACUGACUUUAUAAAUAAAUUUCUAAAAAUGAAACAGGAAGCGUCUGGGUUCCCUAGCUGGUGUGAAACAGAGGAGGAUAAGGAUCAGUACAUUAAGGAUUAUUUUAAAAAAGAGGGUGUCCAACUGGAAAAAGACAAAAUUAUCAAGAAUGGUGGUUUGAGGUCAUUGGCUAAACUGAUGUUGAACUCUUUUUGGGGGAAAUUUGGACAGCGGGAAAACCAGACUAAAGCUACAAUUGUCAGGGACCCAAAAACACUUUUCAAAAUGUUAACUAGCCCUGAAAUAGAUGUAAAUAAAGUACAGAUUGUCAAUGAAGAGGUUCUUGUUGUUAGUUGGGAGUAUAUUGAUGAGGUUGGGGAGCCAUUGCAAAAUGUAAAUGUUGUGGUGGCAGCUUACACCACUGCCCAAGCGAGAUUGAAGCUCUAUGAGCAUCUAGAUGCCCUGGGCGGUCAGGUAUUGUAUUACGAUACUGAUUCUGUACUAUAUGUAUAUAAGGGUGGAUUGUACAGAGUUCCUACGGGAGAUUAUCUAGGGGAAAUGACCGAUGAGUUGGCCGAGUAUGGACCAGGUUCAUACAUAGUAGAGUUUGUAUCCGGAGGGCCUAAAACCUAUGCAUAUCUUGUGUGGUCGACUAACAAACAAAAAUUGAUUCCCGUAUGUAAAGUAAAAGGGCUCACAUUAAACAUGAAAACUUCUAAAAAAAUUGGAUUUGACAGUUUGAAAGAGAUGGUUCUUGGUGAUGCUGCACAAACAAUGGACAUUGAGGAAAAUAGAAUCAGACGAACAAAGGAUAGGAAUAUAGUUACAAUCAGUGAAGUCAAACAGUUUAAAAUUACGGGACCAAAGAGGAAACAUAGUAGCAAUUAUGAUACACUUCCAUAUGGGUUUAAAAUGCAAAAAACUCACCAAAAUCUCAACUCCUGA